CAAAAUAGGUGGAACUCCAUAUCCAAAUAUUCCUCCGAAAGAAGUGGCAGAGUACUUGGCACGUGGACUUAGGAUGGAACCACCUCACGCAUGUCCAGAGGAGAUGUAAGAUUUUUUACUAUAAAUUGAAGCAGCAGAUAAUUAUGGAAAAUGAUUUAUAUAUAUUAUAUAUAAGAUCAGAACAUUUUUGAUUGAUUGAAAUGCGUGUUCAAUAAGUUGCUUAAGCACGGCAAAAAAGAUUGGGGGAAACGUUUCCUUAAGAAUUUCACAAUAAUCAAUAAAACAUAACUUGUUGAAUAAAAACAGUCAGCCAUUUACUUUUGACAGAUAAUUGAUUUAUUUUAACAUGUGUAAAAAAUCAAGUUUAGAGUUUAUACUCGUGAAUCAACUGCAAUCGCAAAGUCGAAGAGUUCCUUCUGCCGUGCUCACCACAAAGGUCGACAAAGUUAGAAACGUUUGACACCAGUGCGCCGGACCUGGCUACAUAAAAAUGUGGUACAGUUUCCAGGAUAGGUAAUACAAGUGCAAAACGAAUUAAAAAUUGAAAUAAUCAUGCAGAAAAAUUUUAGUAUUUUGCUUGCGUUAGGAGAAAUUGUAAUUUCAUCAGGAUGAAAAAACUUGUAUUUUGUUAAAUUUUAUAUUAUAUAAUCAUUUUUCAUGAUUUGGCGUUGCUGGGAGAUCACUCAGGCUGGGAGAUCACUCAAGCUCUAGAGUUUACACUUCUUCGUGCUCUCCCAACUUCCCGCGUGCUCAAUAACUCGAGGAGGCGAAUAUCGUAAUAGCAAUAGGUACAAACGAAUUAUUUUGAAAACAUCCCGUUGGAAGUAUAUGAACAUUUAGUUUUAGCUUUAGUUUUAUUAUAUGUUUCAUUGCAUGUAUUCAUCAACCAAUUACAGUUACAAUUACAAUUACAAUUACAAUAGACAACUUGCAUGUUAGACUAAUUUUUGAUCUAGGCAAAAAAUGUAAAUUCCCGUAAAGAACUUAUUAAAAUUAGUAAAAUUGCAAAAUUUGGUUACGAAAUUUUGUAAAGCUUGGAAAAUAUAGUCUUGCAGUUUUACUAAUUUCAUUAUGUUCUUUUUAGCUGUGGUAUUUGAUUCCCUUGUCUUUACUUAGAUUAAAAUUUAGUCUAACAUGCAAGUUGUCCAUUACAAUUACAAUUGCAAUUACAAAUACCAAUUAAUUUUAUUUUAGAUCAAAAUUAAUGAUGAAAUGUUGGCAUGAAGAUAAAGAUUCUAGACCAACAUUCAAAGAAUUGGUUGAAAUAUUAGACAAAAUUAUUGAACUUCAUACUUCUUCUGAGGUAAUCAAAAUUUUAUCAAAACAUUAUUCCCUGGCCAGGUCAUUUACCUACACUGAGAUUUAGCUGGAAUGUAGAAAUGAAACAGUACUUACAUAAAAAGUUGGAUAUAUAGAUUCUUAUAGUAACAAUCUUGCAUGAAUUGCUUUCAAUUUUCAAAAUCCCAGCUAAUCGUAUUUGCUUACAGUAGACACAGUAUAUUUAUAAGUUUCUCGGGAAAAUAUUCACAUCAUUUCAUUCGCCAUGUUACAAUUCCUGUCUGGUAAUACAGUGUGUAAUAUUAAGAGAUAAAAACACGAAAAAACUCGAUAUAGCUCUAUACCAACAUCCCAAUACUUAAUAAAGGAAGAAAAUUUGACGUAAUUCUUUGCGUUAAUUAAACCUCGUCUUGUUUUCUUCACUCAAGUACUCAGUUGCAAAAUUGAGUUACGAAAUCGAACAUGUUCAAAAUCCGCAUUUGUUUCUAUCUGAACAGAAAUGAAUACGUGCAUUGUGACAACUUUGUUUUUUAUCAGGGUGGAUGCGGUUACCUUGAAGUACAAGGAGAAGUGAUGAAUGAAUAUUUAUCUCCAUCAGAAGUAAAAACACCAGAAAUGGAUCCGUUUGAAUGUAAUUCACCUUUACCACCCAUUCCAUCACCAGGCGAUAACGAAAAUGAUUCGCUUCUGCUCAGAGAUCAAAAUGCGAGGAGAGGGAAAUUCCGUUUUGAUAAAGCAAUAGGAAAUAAAGGGAGGAAAGAUAGCGAGAUUGAGAAGAUGCAAAAUGAUCACAGACCAGAAAUAAUAAAAGAUCCAGAUGUGAUGUGGUAAGGAGAACGUAAAUUCUGUAUUGCACGAAUGGUUAUUUUUUGUUUUUGGCAGGGAUAAGAGUUAAUACAGAACAGGGUAGGAUAAUUGAAAUCAUGCAUUAAGUUGACUUAUCAAUGCAAAUAUUCAUUGUACUUGAUGUAAAUAUGUUAUUUUGGCCGACGAAAAAUAUAAUCAAUACUUUUGCUUUAUCACAUAUUUGAUAGUAACGUAUCCCUAUUAAACACAACACAAAUUCCUAUCAACCCCAUAUGGAAUGCAGUACGAAUGAAUGCAAAUCCUCAUUAGCCUGGUCACAGCCAGAUAUUUAUUAACUCUCUUUUCCGUUUAUCAAAGUUUUGGAAUGCGAGCAGGCUAAUCCCUAAAGAAUCGUAUACCUUCGUUUGUACAGACUGCAUAGAUUUGGCUCAUCACAGUGCAUAUUUAAUUACAUUCUGCUCUAAUUUUUUCUUAGUCUUCGAGGAAACGAACUUGAUGGUUAUAUUGACACAAGUUUAACAGGGAAAGAAAAAGAAAGAAUUGAACGUGAUUUAGACAAAGAUCGUGAUUCAUCUGAAGAGCCACAACCUCUUAGUGACUACGCGUACUGGAAAAAAUCCCUCGUGUAGAAAUAAACUACGUGUUGCUUGUAGAAUUGACUACCAGCUGUUGUGAAAAAGCAUUGCUCUUGAAGUGUACUAAAACACUUUUUCCAAUGUACGUACUGUUGGUGUGGUUCAGAAGUUGUUCGUAGAUGCAAUUCCGAGAAAUCAAAGAGAAAUCAAAUGGAGCCAUUUGGAAUGUGCAAUCUGAACAAAAGAAAUUCAAUUAAAGCAUCUGGAAACACAUUGGUUAUUUUAGUAACCUAUGAAUAACAUGAUGCACGAAUUACAGUAAUGAAAUUCAAUUAAUCAAAUGGCUAUAAGAAGGAAAUGAGCGUGGACGAUACUACUAUCCCAUGCACGCAGUACUUUGUAAAUAUUUUCUGACAAUGAUUGAAAAUUUGAAAAAACUAAAUAGUAAGAUUAUCCUUAGGAAUAGGAGGGCAAGGAUCGCUGGAACUGAGAACUCCAGCGACAAGAAUCUGAGGCUAGGACUAUCCAGACCCUGGACAACUUUCUGGGUGUAAAAUAAUAUUUAGUUACUUCAAUUAUUGUAUCAUUCCAGUCUUUACAAAUCUAAUUGUAGAAGAAGUUUAAUAAAAACUCACAUACGUGAAGAAAACAUCAACUGUGACGGCUCCACACAUAGGUCGAUUGUGCACAGGGCCGUUCCUAGCCAACCUCGUACCCAGGGUUCUCUGGAUCCUAGCGCGAUAAGUUUUCAACUUAAAUGGUUAAGACAGUCGAUUAAAUACAACCGAAUUAACUGUCUGUAGGUUUACGUUUGCAAAAUAUUGUUCAUCGUCAUUUUCACUAAACGAACCAAUAACAGUACGUAUUUUCAAUUGAAAAAAAAAUGUGUCCAAUCCUUUAUAUAACAAACUACGCAUCAACUAAUAUUUAUGGACCUGGGCAGUGGGCAUGCAUGCCAUGAGAUAUAUACAGGCUCGAAAUAUCGGCAAUGUUUAUUCGAAAUUAUGAUUUCUUUGUAUAUUGUUUUUAAUGUAUUCUCAGGAAUAGGUUGCUGUAUAAUUUAUCAAAAAUAACGAAAUACUUCGCCAUAAUACGAAA